AAAUGACACAUUAGAUCAUCAUGUGUGCACUAUAGUCGCCUAUACCUGUACUUUGAUUUCCAUUCUCAACUCCCACCAGACCCAAUGAGCUUUGGGGGACUUAUAAAAUCAUUAAAUUUGAAAUGGAGUAGUUGAGAGUGAAGUGUUUGCCUAUAUUUGUGGAUAGCCUUUUUGGGUUUUGUCUUCUAUUGUCAUCAGUUCUUUUAACCUCUGCAACUGCCAACCUUUCCAUAUCUCAAUGGCCAUAAUAAUCACGGCCUUCUCUGUCUAUUUAAACCCGAGUGCUUACAGUACUCUUAACAAUCUUUUCGUUGGCCUAGUAUAGUCUAGUGUUGAAAGAUCAGUAAUCAGCAAAAUGGCUGCAAAUGAUGUGCCAUGUUGUGAAACUAUGUUCUGGGUUUAUUUAGCCUCAGCUGUUGCCUUGGUGGCUUUUGCUGGACUUAUGUCGGGCUUAACACUGGGUUUAAUGUCACUUAGCCUUCUUGAUCUCGAGGUGCUCAUCAAGGCUGGUCAGCCUAAAGACCGAAAGAAUGCAGAAAAGAUAAUGCCCAUCGUGAAGAAUCACCACCUACUCCUAUGUACUCUUCUCAUAUGCAAUGCCAUAGCUAUGGAGGCUUUGCCAAUUUUCCUUGACUCGAUUCUCUUGCCUUGGACUGCCAUAUUGAUAUCAGUAACCCUUGUGGUUGUUUUUGGUGAGAUUAUACCUCAAGCUGUGUGCUCAAGAUAUGGACUAGCUAUUGGUGCAAAACUAUCUGUGUUAGUUCGGUUGCUUGUUAUGGUUGUCUUUCCCAUAGCUUAUCCUCUCAGCAAGCUAUUAGACUUGAUCCUUGGGAAGGGGCAUUCUGUGCUUUUACGACGUGCAGAGCUCAAAACAUUGGUGGAUAUGCAUGGAAAUAAGGCAGGGAAAGGUGGAGAGUUGACAAAUGAUGAAAUUACGAUUAUAACCGGAGCUCUGGAUUUAGCUCAGAAAACCGUCAAAGAUGCUAUGACACCGAUAUCUGAAAUAUUUUCCCUUGAGCUGAACUCUAAACUCAAUGAGGACACUAUGAGUUUGUUAUUAAGCAAAGGGCAUAGUCGUGUGCCGGUCUAUCUAGAAAGACCAGAAAGUAUAAUUGGUCUUAUCUUGGUAAAAAGUCUAAUCAAAUUUCGACCUGAAGACGAAGCUCCUAUUAAGAGUCUCAAUAUUCAGAAAAUUCCUAGGAUACAUGAAUGUUUACCUCUGUAUGAGAUGUUAAAUUUGUUCCAGAAAGGACAAUGCCACAUGGCAGCUGUUGUAAGGAGUAAAACUGCUCUUAACAGUACCUCAAAAAGUACCAUGGCCAAGAACGAGACGGUCAAGAAGCAUAUCAGCUCGAACCUGACUCAAAUUAAAGUGGACAGAAAAGGUCACGAUACGAAACUGAGCAUCUACAGAUCUUCCAGUGAUCCUGUGUCUCAAAAUCCAGCACCAGAUCAAAGUUUUGCAACUCGUGCUUUAGACUCAUUUCCAAAUCCCAAUGAAGAAAUUAUUGGUGUUAUAACAAUGGAAGAUGUUCUGGAGGAACUUCUACAGGAACCUAUACUGGAUGAAAAGAAUGAGUAUGUUGAUGUAGACAACAUAAUGAAAAUCAACAUACUUCCAUCCUCAUUAAGAUCCGGUGCGGCAUCAGCAUCAUCUCAUUUGGACUGGAAAACUCUAGUGUCAUCUCCACUUCCUGUAUCACCUUCUAAUACACCAGAUUCUUUACACCAUCAGAUUUCUGCACUCAGUUCACCAAUUUCACCAUUUAUUCAGUCACCCUUCACAAAACCAACAUUAUAUGCUUCACCUAGAAAGUCUACACCGAAUUCUCCUAUGGGUCUCAUCAGCAGCUCACCAUCUUCAUAUAAGGUCUCAAGGAAAUCGUACGAGAAGCUGGAGAAACCUGGUAAUAAAUAUUUCUCCAGUUUCUCACAGCUUAUCACCCUGGAAGCAAGUGUACAAGGUUCUGCAUUGUCUGAUAAUUAGUAGUUGUUAAAUGUGUAAUGCUAGAAAUCCUGGAAGUUGGUCUGGAGGAUUUGUUCAGGAUCAAGUUUUCGGGAUCUUUGUUUUUUAACUUUCUGUUUAUAAAUAAUAAAUUGAAAUGCUGCAGAAUAAGAUUAGAAGUGUUCACUGCUUUGCAUGACUUGUUAGCACUUACCACUAAUACAUAUGUUGCAGAAACAAUACCUUCUAUGUUUCAAAAUACAGAACCAGUCAUUAGAAACAGAUUUAUAGGUAGAGAGUAAUUUCAUG